AUGAUGGCUUCAUCGUCGCGCCACGGUGCCCGCUCGGUAUCACCCGUCGAGGAGGACCUCCAACAGCUCUACAAUGAAGUAUGGGCCGUCUUCUCUGAAGAAACACCGCCGGCGUCCUCAGAUGGUGAUCUCGAGAACAUCUAUAACGGAUACACCGAUGAUAACGACCCCGUGCCGACGUCUUCGGCUGCUAGCCGCUCUUUACAUAUACCUCACCAACCCUCUGCACGAGCGCCCAGUCCAUACACCCCUCCUGUAGACACCAGCAGCCCGGCUGCACCAUCUCCUACCGCAACUUCUCCAACAAGACGCCGUCUCCCCCCAACGCCCGUGAGCCCAUCCUCAUCCACCACAUCGCCUUCGCCGCUUGCUAUGCCCGAACCCGACCCAUAUUAUCCGCCAGGAGCCUCACGGCCGCACCACCUCUACAACUCCUCCUCUUACUCCUCAUUCGCCUCCACUGGCCUUGUUGAUCAAGGGAAGAGGGCGACAGGGAGCAGCUCGGCUUCCAGCUCAGGACGGCGAUUACCUCAAGCUCCGGGAUACGGCAAUGGGUCGAUGGAUGAUGGAGAACGAACCCCGGUUUCCACCAUUGACCAACAGCCGCACUCUCAUUAUCAUGGAUCCAAACCCUCAUUCUCAAGCUCCAGCUCGUUUACUAGCUACACUACGAACACGAGUAACACCACGAACGACGGGUACUAUCGACCUCCUGGUGCCUUAGCUCCAGCUGUGCCUCCAAAACCGACGAUCUAUCGCGACUACCCGUUGGAUCCAGCACCUUACGAUGCCUACCGUCAAGACGACAGGAGUGUGAGGAAUGACUCUGCCCACCCUCAAUCCCACUACACCCCGUCAACCUCACAAAGUCAGACACACCUUCCUGUCAAGCAACCAGCUCCACCACCCCCACCGCCUCCUGCUGUCGACCACAGAAUUGAUCAAUAUGUAACUUAUAGCUCGCCUCCGGCCACGGUAUCGCCCUAUGAAGGAUUUCCCGACUUCACCCUUAAAAACCUUUCUGGCAGCCCAUCGAAGAACAGCUUCUUUGAUCGAAAUGCACCCUCAUCUUCUUCAAGAGUUGGGCGGUAUGAUCAACCUGAUCCUGGUCCAUCACGUACCGACUACAAUUCCCCUCCACAAGACGAAGAAGAGGACAACUGGGAUCCCAAUCAGUACAUGUACAACGAAGGCAAGGAGGGUUACGACAAUGACUACGCUCAAGACAGGCCAAGUAGCGUUCUGCGGCGCCCAACCGACAUGUUGCGAUCUUUGGCGGAUUACUCAGGCGAACCUCUGGACGUAAAGGAACAACCUCAGGACGAAUACUGGGAAGACGAAGACGAGGAUGAUGAGACAAGAUUUGUUAACUUCUCGUUGUUAUCCCAUAUUGCCAUGCAACUCCGUGACAAAGUUCCGCGAGGCACCCAUGUCAAAGGCAGUAUCCCAUACCCUCGAGCGUUUACUGGCAAAGACAUUGUGUCGACUAUCCAGACGCAGAUCCAACGCGAACUCGCAAUCAACCAUGGUGUAUCGACGAAUGAUAGACGGGUUGCUUUACAGGUUGCUCGAAGUUUACAAAACCAGCUCUUCUUCUACGAAGUCGAGUGGGGCAGUCGUCCAUUGCAAGAUGGUGUUGAGGACGUGUACAUGUUCCUCGAUGAUCAGGAAGGUCCUUCUGAUUCGAUUCAGGAGCGUGAAGAACUGCCGACCGGCGUCGUCACAAUGCUGACAAGAUGCUAUUCGCCAAGCUGCGGAGAAGGCCCACCUUGCUAUUCCUUCACUUGUCCUCGAAAGGGCAAUCACACAUUUGGUUCUCUCCCAGCUCAAGCAGAGACACCGACACCCACAAAAGUGGAGGAAUGGACAAAGACAAUAAGUCCAGAUGUUUUGAAGUCCCUACCUGAAACUGAAGUCAACAGACAAACGAUCAUUCACAAACUGAUCUCACGAGAGGAACAGUACCUACAAGAUAUUGACAUCAUCGAGAAUGUUUUCAUCAAGCCUCUGCGGUCUGCGAAUCCUCCUAUUAUGCCGUCUCAACAGCUCGAGGACCUCAUUGAUGACAUAUUCGGCAAUAUUCUCGACCUCCGCGAGUGUAAUCGUAGGCUGCUUGAGGUAAUGUAUGUCCGCCAACGCGAAGAGGGCCCUAUCAUUCUACGCAUUGGUGAUAUCUUCCUUGACGCUGCGACCGAAUUCCGAUUUGCGUAUCCUACCUAUAUCGGGCACUAUCCAAUAUCGGAGAAGCGACUGAAAGAUGAGAUGGACAGCAAUUCAGCUUUCAGGUUGUUCCUUGAGCAAUGCUCUCGCGAGCAAACUUCACGCUCUGGAGAUUCUCCACGUCUUGACCUCAAGCACUUCCUCAACCGACCGUCAGAGCACUUGCAGAAGUACCCUGUAUUGCUUGAGGCGGUGUAUCACGAGACGGCACCUGAGAACCCUGACGCUGAGUUCCUGGUUGAGGCGAUUGAGGCGAUCAAGAACCUACAAUCCGUGGCACAAUUGCGCACAUUCCAGUCGGCGAUGGGCAAGGGCACUCCCGGCAAGUGGGAAUGGCAUGAUAUCGUCUCAAAGGAACUUCGUGAGGGUUUCUCGAAGAAGGAGGCGAAGCGUCAAUCGAUUAUUUUCGAACUGAUCAAAGGAGAAAUGGCGUACGUCAAGGAUUUGGAGAACAUCAUGCAUAUCUACAUCAUCCCUUUGCGCAAUGCCGAUCCACCCAUAAUCCCUCCUGACAGGCUCGAGCAAUUCAUUGAAGAAGUUUUCCAUAACUACUCUGAGCUGUACGAUCACCACAAGCGGCUGGUAGACAAAUUCCACGAGAUCCAACGCGAACAACAUCCGCAUAUCAACAGCAUAACUGCUCCUAUGUUCGACGCCGCCCUCAACUUCAGAGAAGCCUACAUGGAGUACAUCCCGAAUUACCCCAUUGCUGCAUACCGAAUUGAUGAUGAAAUGGCCAACAACCUGGCAUUCAAGACCUUCGUCGAUCAAUGUGUUCGCCAUCCCGAUGCCCACCGUCUGGACAUGAAGAACUUUAUCAAUCGGCCCAUCCCUCGCCUCCUCCGCUACGAGCUCCUAUUGAAGGGUAUAAUGGAUGAAACACCUCCAGGGCACGAGGACCUUGAUACGAUACCCAACGUUGUCGAUGUGAUCAAGGCUCUUGGAAAAGAGACAGAGCCUGGAGUGGCCUCAGCGAAGUCGAAGGUUGAAGUAUGGCGGUACAAUGCCAAUCUUUCGUUCAAACCAGGGGAAUCCAUCGACAUGGAUCUGCUUGACCCGAAUCGCUCUCUGGUUCAUUCAGGAAAGCUUCUUCGACAGCCUGAAAGCGGUCUCGAAUGGAAUGGUUGGAGCGAACUUCAUGUUCUUCUGUUCGAUAACUACUUGGUCAUGACAAAACCGAAAGAGAAGGAUGGUGUUAUGAAAUACGUCGUUAAUCGUCGGCCAAUACCUCUGGAUCUCUUGACCCUCGUCAACUUCACUGAUCCUCCGACGCAAAGAAGCACUGGUAUCCUCCGCAAUCUGCGUAGGGAUGAGCGCCACGAUGGUGCAAGUAGCAAUCAAACUGUUUCGCCCGAAAAUGCCGCCGAUUCUCGUUCUGUCUAUCCUCUCACACUCCACCACAACGGGAGAACUGGUGGCCCAUACAUUCUCUAUGCCGAGUCUGGCCAGAUCCGAAAUGAAUGGAAGGAGAAACUGCAAGAGGCUCUUGGGACACGCAAGGUCGUGCAAGAAUCUAACAAGGCCUUCGAGAUCGAGUACUUGAGUCGGGAUACCUUCGUUAUGCCUGCAGUGUCCAUGGGCAACAAUGGGCCGUCAUGGAAUCAAGACAACCAGUUUACAGGAAAAGUGACGUGCUCAGUUCCUUUCAAUACUCCUGACGGUCGAGCUCUGGUGGCUAUUGGAUGUACAGAAGGUGUCUGGAUUGGCUUCAGACAUGACCCCAAGUCCAUCCGCCGUGUUCUUCACCUCAAGAUGGUCACACAAUGUGCAAUGCUCGAAGAGUUUGGUAUCUUCCUCGUCCUGGCCGACAAGGCACUCUUUGCAUACCACAUUGAGGCGCUUGUUCCAUCAACACCUCACGGAGCUCAUACCGCUCAGGUCCCUCAAAAGCUCAGUGGUACCAAGGAUGUCCAUUUCUUCAGUGUUGGGACAUUACAAGGACGCACGCUCAUUGUGUACAUGAAGAAGAAAGGAAUGGAUAGCAUAUUCCGAGUGCUCGAACCUGUUGGCGAGAAAAUCAACGAAAGGGUCAAGGCCACUGUUGGAUUUGGCUCUCGGCUUGGUUUCCGUUCUGCCAAAUCGGAGUGGUUCAGAGUAUACAGAGACUUUUUCCUGCCCUCUGAUUCCUUCGAUGUCAUCUUCCUUAAGGCUCGCAUCGCGAUCUUCUGCGCCAAGGGCUUUGAAAUCAUGAAUCUCCACGACUUCGACAGUAUUACGCUUCCACAGCGAGAAGACCCACGACAUGCCCAAAUCGUCAAACGGUGCGAAAACGCCCGACCGCUUGGCAUGUUUCGUUCAACAGACGAUGAAUUCCUCCUUUGUUACGAUGAAUUUGGCUUGUACGUCGACAAACAUGGCGAUCCGUGUCGGUCAGCAGGCACAAUAGAAUGGGAAGGUACUGCCGAACGAGUCGCAUUCCACUCGCCCUACAUCCUGCUUUUCGAUUCUCGCUUUAUCGAGAUCCGACAUAUCCAGACUGGACGGUUGGCACAGAUCAUCUCGGGGACGGAGAUGCGCUGUACGUGGGACGGCCGGGGCGGAAAUUCUCGCGUCGUCAAUCCGGAUCCUGCGGACGAGUUCCAGGAAGCGCAGGUUCAUUUUGUGAUGAACAGUAUGGACAACGCUCCUGGCACCGGAAUGAGGCAGCGAAAUAUUGUCCAGCACGUAUGCGAGCUCAUACCCACUGUUGCUCUUUAUCCCACAGCUGGGCCGAUGUCGGCACCAGCAGGCACAACUCCUAACCCGCCUGUGCAAAUCACUCCCGUCGCGUACAACGGCGGAUAUGCCCCCUCUGCAAUCCAUGCACCAGCCAGUUCAUAUGCUUCUUCUGCAGCAUCUUCUCCUCAUCUGUACACAUCGGCUCAACCACCUCCUCCAAACAUGUACUCACCGGCACCAGUUCCGCCUAACAUGCCCAGUGGCGGGGCGUACUACGAUCGGGGAGGCUAUCCGUCUCGUUCGCCUGAUUUACAGCCUACACACUCAUGGAGGUCGUGA